AUGGGGCAUAUAAGAACUGUUAGAAAAUUUAAGAAAAUAGGAUUUUUGGACAUAACUGAUGGUUCUAGUUAUAAAAAUCUUUCAGUCGUUUGUAAAGAUGUAAAUUUAUUGAAUGACUUUAAAGUAGGACAAAGCGUUUAUUUAGAAGGAACUGUUGUAGAAUCCAAAGGAACUCAAGAUUAUGAACUUUCUUUCGAUGUCAAUAAACAUAAAAUCAAAAUCGUAGGUGAUAUUGAGGAUCUGUAUCCCAUUCAGAAGAAAGAGACUAGUUUCCAAUUCCUUCGUACGAUCCCCGAAUUUAGACAUAGAACUUCAACCUUAGCUUCCAUACUUAGACUUCGUUCCGAUAUAGAAUUUAGUUUACUUAAUUUUUUCAAAAAACAAGAUUUCGUCAAAGUUACACCUCCAAUGGUAACCAGUGCUGAUACUGAAGGAGCUGGUGAACAAUUUGCUCUUGAACCAAUUAAUCCUAGAAGUAAUAUUGUUAAUGGGAAAGAAGAAAUCGAUCAUUUCUUUGGGAAACCUGCUUAUUUAACUGUAUCAACUCAAUUACAUUUGGAAAUCUUAGCAGCUUCUUUGAACAGAGUUUGGACACUUACUCCAUGUUUCCGUGCAGAAUAUUCCAAUACUAAUAGACAUUUGAGUGAAUUUUGGAUGUUGGAAGCUGAAAUAUCUUUUGUUGAAGAAAUAAGUCAAUUAACUGAUUUCUGUGAAGAUAUGAUAAAAUCUGUCAUUUUGGAUAUCAAGGCCAACAGUGAAGAUGUGCUAGGAUCAAGAUUUAAUGACGCAGAAAGACAAAUAAUGCAAGAAAGAUGGGAUAUCACUGAUAAAAAAUGGCCCAGUAUCACAUAUACUGAAGCUAUAACUAUAUUGAAGAAUCACGAUUCUUCGGUUCAAUGGGGAGAUUCUAUCUCUACUGAACAUGAAAAAUGGUUGGCUGGUGAACAUUUUCAAUCUCCAGUUUUCAUCACUGAUUAUCCUAAACUGCAAAAACCAUUUUACAUGCCAUUAUCGAAAAAUAAUGAUACAUCCCAACCAACAGUUGCAUGUUUCGAUUUAAUUUUCCCCACAAUAGGGGAAUUAAUCGGAGGUUCUCUUAGAGAACAUAAUUAUGAUAAGUUGGUGGAAGAAUUACAAUCAAGAGGUAUGAAAAGAGAUAUGAAUUGGUACUUAGCUAUCCGUAAGAAUGGUAGUGUACCCCAUGGGGGAUUCGGUAUGGGAUUUGAAAGAUUACUUUUGUACCUCACUUCUAUAGAGAACAUCAGAGAUGUUGUAACAUUCCCUAGAUCACCCCAAUCUUGUGAUUGUUAA